AUGGGAAACCUGCCAGCGUCAAGAGUUGUGCCGUCAGCACCAUUUGCUGUAACCGGCGUGGAUUACGCAGGACCCAUUUUGGUCAAACAAGGAGCCCGUCGACCCACCCUGGUGAAAGCAUAUAUUGCCGUCUUCGUUUGUAUGACUACCAAGGCGGUUCAUUUAGAAGCGGUAUCCGAUAUGAGCACUGAUGCCUUUUUGGCAUCUUUGAAGCGAUUCAUAAAACGACGAGGAAUGAUACACCAGUUGCACUCAAAUAAUGGCACCAAUUUCAAAGGUGCCCAUCACGAACUGCACGCUAUGUUCAAACAGUUUGAAGAACAGCAAACCGUUGACAACAUCGAAGAAUUCUGCCGAAACCGUGAAAUAGAAUGGUGUUUCAUCCCUCCUGACGCUCCUGAAUUCGGGGGUCUUUGGGAGGCUGCUGCCAAGACCCAUCUUAAGCGAAUCAUCGGGAACACGAAGCUAACUUUUGAGGAGUUAUCCACAGUUUUGGUUGAGAUAGAAGCGGUGCUUAAUUCACGACCACUAUUCUCCGUUUCCAAUGAUCCGGUAGAUUCGCUAAUGAUUACGCCAGCGCACUACUUAAUUGGACGCCCCCUUACCGCUAUACCGGAGCCAUCAAUGGAUAACGUUAAGCUUCCAAGGUCAGACGCUGAUCGGGCACGGAGUUAUCGGGCCAAGUUGAAAGCGGCCAAGGGUAGUACGUCGUCGGCUAACGGUUGGGACGCUGGCGAAGGGCCCUCAACUCGAGAAUUCAACUUAAUCCGUGCUGAUACGGUCGUAAACUCUGAUCAUGAAGAUUCCGACGCCGGUGUUGUGAUGCAGUCCGCAAGAGCAGAUGUCGAUGAUGAGCGUGGUGACUUUGAAGAAAACGUGUCUGCUGUCGCUGAUGAUGGCGAACAUAUUUCUUCGCUUUUAACACAAGACAAACCCAAUUUCGAUCGGGCUGAUCAGGAGUUCCAGAAACGUUUCGUGGAAAACGAUUUCGGUUGCGCUUGUGAUGUGUGCUAG